AUGGCGACGCUGUCGCUGAAGAUAUCCCUGGAAGGAGGGAAGGUGGUGAAGACGAUACAAUUCGAGCCGUCCACCAGUGUGUACGACGCCUGUAGGAUCAUCAGGGAGAAGAUACUGGAAGCUAAUGACAAUGACCCUAAAGAGUAUGGCUUGUUCCUGGCCUCCGAGGAGGACAAUAAGAAGGGCAUCUGGCUGGAGGCGACCCGCAGCCUGGACUACUACAUGCUGAGGAACGGAGACCUACUGGAGUAUAAUAAGAAGACCAGGAACCUCAGGGUGCGGAUGUUGGACGGCACUGUCAAGACCCUGUUAGUGGACGACAGUCAGAUAGUAGCCAACCUGAUGGUGGUGAUCUGCACCAAGAUAGGCAUCACCAACUACGACGAGUACGGCUUAGUGAGGGAGGAGGUGAAGGAGGACGCCGACCCCUGCGAGAGACCCAAUUACGGGACCCUCACUCUGAAGAGGAGACAUCAUGAGAAGGAGAGGGACGCUAAGAUGGAACAGCUGAGGAAGAAGCUCAGGACUGACGACGAAGUGAACUGGGUGGAGCCGUCCAAGACUCUCCGCGAGCAAGGCAUCGAGACCAGCGAAACGCUGCUGCUACGUCGGAGACUGUUCUUCUCUGACCGGAAUGUGGACUCUCGCGACCCCGUGCAGCUCACACUACUGUACGUGCAGGCCCGGGACGCUAUACUGGCUGGCACACACCCCAUCACACAGGACAAAGCGUGCGAGUUCGCGGGUAUUCAGUGCCAGAUACAGUUCGGAGAUCACAAGGAAGACAAACAUACAUCAGGAUUCUUAGAUCUGAAGGAGUUCUUGCCGGCUUCCUACGUGAAGGUGAAGGGGAUUGAGAAGAAAGUGUUCCGUGAACAUCGCAAGCACGCAGGCCUUAGUGAGCUUGACGCUAAGGUGCUCUACACCAAGAGCGCCAGGGACCUCAAGACUUACGGAGUCGCGUUCUUCUUGGUCAAGGAAAAGAUGAAAGGCAAGAACAAACUAGUCCCUCGCUUACUGGGCGUGACCAAGGACUCGGUGUUGCGUCUGGACGAGAAGACCAAGGAGAUCUUACAGACGUGGCCGCUCACCACCGUGAGGAGGUGGUGCGCCAGCCCCAACACGUUCACGCUGGACUUCGGAGACUACAGCGACCAGUACUACUCGGUGCAGACGACAGAGGCGGAGCAGAUCCUGCAGGUGAUCGCGGGCUACAUCGACAUCAUCGUGAGGAGGAGGCGCGCGCGCGACCAUCUGGGGCUGGAGGGGGACGAGGGGUCCGCCAUGCUGGAGGACAGCGUCGCGCCCUCCAAGGCUAACAUCAUCCAACACGACACCUUCAAGUCAGCCAAGCCCAAUCAGGAGUCAGUCGCCAAGCCCGCCGUCCUUAGACCUGGAGCGGAAGGGGCCAAGCCGUUCUCUGUGGCGCACGUGACGGGGGCCCAGCAGACCACGCUCUCGGGGAGGGUCGUCACCGGACACGCGCCGCCUGCUGCGACGCAAGUUCAACAAACAAAAAUCACUUCUAUACUCACGGAGCCGCAGAGGGCGCUGCUGUCGACCAUCACGAGCGGCAAAGAGAUCAUCAAACAGACGGAGGCCGGGCUCACCAGGACGUCCUUGGAGCCCCCGAGCGGCGAGGCGAGCUCGAUACGCUGGCGGGAGGCCCGGCUGGGCAGCAGCAAGCAGCUGGUGACGUCACACAUAGCAGCUAUGAACGCUGCCACAGCGCAGGUCGUCACCCUCACCGCAGGACCGGCUGAGGAGGUGGACCACACGGCGGUCGGCGCCGCCAUCACCACCAUCACCACCAAUUUACCCGAGAUGACUAAGGGUGUACAGAUGAUCGCGGCCCUCAUGGAGGACGAGCACUCUGGAGACAACUUGUUGGACGCCACCAGGAAGCUCUGCACCGCCUUCUCCGACUUAUUGAAGGCCGCUGAACCUGACACUAAGGAGCCUCGCCAGAACCUCCUGAACGCAGCGUCUCGUGUGGGCGAGGCGUCCACCGGCGUCCUGCACACCAUCGGCGAGGAGACCGACGACGACAAGGAGACUCAGGUAACCUCCGGGGACCUGUACACCCCCUCCAUACACACUGAUAGAGGUAACACAGACGACGACGGAAUAUACGAGGACGUGGACACGACCGGCUGGAAGCUGCUGGGGGUCAUACAGGAGGAGUCCGAUAGCGACUACUACAGGAGCGUGGACUAUUGUAACACGUACUACAGGGACAACAGGCUGCGGGAACACCCUGUAUACACGAGAGGAGAUACGCCGCCCGCACUACACCCUAAGACGGGGGCUGAUAAGAAGUACGACUUGAAGAAAGAUUACUCCGACCAUCACUACGCUAACAUAGACCACGAGAAACACUCAGCUCUCGACAGGAGGACCAAGAACGAAAUACUGAGACAGAAAUUCUUCGCCGAAUACAACAACGUUAAUAAAUGCAACAAAAAUGAAUUCAACGACAAAAUAAACAGAUUGAACGAAAAGAAAAUAGAGAGUCAUAGCCUGAGGGGUGACGCGAAGACAGGGGAUAGAGAUAAAACCGCGCUCAAUAUGAAGAUGUUUAAUAUAGAGAAAUAUAACAGAGUGUUGACGACCACACACACAUACAGAGAGAUGAGCGAGGCGAGUUACACCAGCAAGACGAUGAAUAUAAAGAUGAACACACACACAGACGAGCUGAAGAAAGAGGAGUACACCAGCACGAGACAGACAGACAGAGACACAGGUCCACUGAACAACUCCGCACCAAGUAAAGGACAGACGGAGAUCAGAAUCACAUACAACCCAAUACUGAUGACACACAUACAACAUGAAGACGAGAGUGACCCGGGAGACAAGCCUAGUAAAGAAUACUCCCGACAGAAAGUACAGCUGAUAGACAUAUGGAGAGAAGACUGGUUGAAUAUACUCCUAUUAUUGGCGUUCAUUCUCAUAGUACUAGCUAUGUUCAUAGAUUGGCUCCUGAAGAGAGUUUGCAGCGAGAACUGCAAUGAAACGACUUAA